AUGUGUAAAUCUUUUCCGCCCCUUCCAGUUCUCGCCAUCUCGCUUAAAAGUUAUAAUGACCUGCAUUCGCGUUUUUUUGAUGUUAUUCUGUGCUCAGGUCUCAAGGUAGUAGGUGGAGUCAUGACGCCUUCUGGCCGCCUGGGAGCCUUUAUAAAUAAAGUGAAGGCAGGCAGCAUCGCUGAUUUGGUCGGACACCUGAGAGCCGGCGACGAGGUCCUCGAAUGGAACAAUCAGUCUCUCAAAGGAAAGUCUUUCGAGGAGGUGUCUGACAUCAUACUCCAAUCGAAGCAAGACAGUCAAGUGGAAUUAAUUGUACAACGAGACCUUUAG